GAGCUCGACGUUGAUGUACCAUCAUGUGCUGUCGAAGACGGCGAGUUCGAAUAUCGCACAAAUUCUGCACAGGCCUAUCAGAGAGCUGGCGUUUCCGGAAUACAGCAAUAUGGGCAUCUUUGUCGCUCUCUCGGUGCCGCUCGAAGAUCCGCUAAGUUCGAUCUCUCUAUCGUACUUCUUCGAGGCCAACUACGUUUUACCGCCGAACGUAACGUUCUUCGAGCCGUGGAACGUCGGGGCUAAAAGAAGGAGACGAAGUAUCGACAGAUCCGCGAUCUAUAGAGUUCUGGAAAAUAAAUUCGAGAGCUCCGGAUAUUCCGGGCGAGAGUGUCUGCUGAGAGCAAUCUGCGAGACCUCGGAAUUCCCGCUGCGGCACAACGGAGUGAUCGGCGACAUCGUGCACGUGCUUUUCACGCCGAGCACCUCGAGACGCGAGGAAUCGCCGCGAGACGUCCUGCAGGCUGAGCUGGCAGGUCGUAACGGAAGCUGCUCAGAGUACCAACCGCGAUGCCCAGUGGGACUUUUAGAUCUGAUCGGAGUUGUAGCGUAAUAGCGGAAGAAUCAUCGCUGUUUGCCGUGUCACCCCCGCGAAGCAAACAUCCUAAUUGCGCGCCGUUGUUUGAGGUCGCCCUUGGGUUGGCUGAAUGUGGAACGGUCUGACGGGCAGCGCACGGACGCAACAGGAAAUUCCAGCGAGACGAAACGUCGGAGGGAAAACUCGGACAUCGAACGGCGGAAAAUCGAAGAUCACGCGCACCGUGCGUGAUGCAGGAGGGGAAGUUGAUG